UAACAAUAAGGAAAUCAAAGGUGAAAGUAAAGUUUCACAUCUGCCAUUUUAGCACACAAAAGGCACAUCGGAUUCAAUACAUAACUUUGAUUAAGUACAUUAAAACUAGAUUUUCUUUCUCCUGCGUUAACCUAAAUUCAGAGAAUAGAUAGACUAGACAAAAAUGUCUAGACCACAAAGACUACACUGAGUGUCCCGUAUCAGCCCUCAAUCAUGAGUUCCUCACAGGAAGAUGAGGGUGGUGUGGAAAGCAGCCCCCAGUCUGUGCAGUCAGCAGCAUCUCCAGCACGCAGCUAUCUGUCCAUGAAGAGUGACCAGUCAAUGGGUCAGCCCAUUAAUUUCAGAGAUAGAGCUUUGGAUGGAGGGUUUCGCCCCCAGUCGGUGCAGUCAGCAGCAUCUCCAGCGCGCAGCUAUCUGUCCAUGAAGAGUGACCAGUCAAUGGGUCAGCCCAUUAAUUUCAGAGAUUUUUUUUUGUUUGAAGACCACAGAAGGGCUAAGCAGAGGAAAAUGUCUGCCUCCACGAAGAGUGAGAAUAUAACAGAUCACCCAUGUACCUUCAAUGGAAGGCCGUAUCACUGCCCCCAGUCUGUGCAGUCAGCAGCAUCUCCAGCGCGCAGCUAUCUGUCCAUGAAGAGUGACCAGUCAAUGGGUCAGCCCAUUAAUUUCAGGGAUUUUUCUUUGUUUGAAGACCACAGUCAAUUUAACCGCUCACCGUCUCCUUGUUGGUCAACGAAGAGUGACCAAUCCAUGGAUAGGGACAUUAAGUUUGGAAGAGAUGCCUCCAUUCUAGAUGUCAGUGCACUGACAGCCAGUCUGCUGGCAGAGGACCACUUCAGAUGCUCAGUGUGCACAGAGGUUCUCAACGAGCCAGUCUCCAUCCCCUGUGGACACAGUUUCUGCAGGCAAUGCAUUGAGACCUAUUGGAACAAACCAGCGAGGAAACAAGUAUACGACUGUCCCGGGUGCCAACAGAGAUUCAGAACAUGUCCCCAUCUCUCCAGAAAUUCAGCCUUGGAUAAGGUGAUCCGGAAACUCCGGCAGACAGGAUUCAAAGUCCCUGCACUUCCCCCUCACCGCUACGCUGGACCCGGAGAUGUGGCCUGUGAUCUCUGCGCUGAGAAACAGCUCAAAGCUGUGAAGUUCUGUCUGACCUGCGCUGCCUUUUACUGUGAGAGCCACGUUAGGCAGCACUACACCGUAGCGGCACUGCAGAGACACACGCUGGUGGAGGUGACUGGAAACCUGGAUCAGAAACUCCGCAUCGAAGAACAACAGAUUGCAGUAAAGCUGGAAGCUAAAUUGGAACAGAUGAAUACUGAGUUUGCUGAGGAAAAAACACAAAAAAAUCACCUGAAGCAGAAUGUAAAGAAUCCAACCACUGAGUUAAUCUGUUAUGCAAAGAGGUCAUCCAAAGAUUGGGCAACCGACUGUUUUGUGCUGGCUGCCCUUGGUCGUCCCCUAGACCUUGGGAUGAUGUACGACUGCUGCAAUGAUUGUCUUUGCUCAGAUGUCGGUCUAUGGGAUGAGAGCACAAUAGCCAACAUGCGUCAGUCUCUGCCUCGGCCUCGCACAGAGGUGACGUGUAUUGAAGGAGACUCCCUACAGGACAGAUUUGGGGCUCUGGAUGUUUCCACUUCUCUAAGGGCCAGUGUCUUGUCUGGGCUGGUGGAGGUUGGUGGUGCUGCUGAAUACCUGAACCAUCCUGUUCAGUCCAAAAACAAGGACCGGGUCACUCUACAGUACAGAACCACUACCAGGCUGGACAUGCUCAGUCGCGGGGUAUUUGAAGAAACCGUCCAAAGGGAUUCAAAGGCAACGCACGUGGUGCUGGCUGUUCUCUAUGGAGCUCAGGCAUUUUUUAUCUUUGACAAACGCGUCGGUGGAGAGAAAGGGGCUGGUGGAGGAGAAGCCGAUAUGCACAGUGUUAUCAAGAAGAUGGCGUCCUCCUUCAGUGCAGAUCAUAUGUUAUCCAGCUUGAGUGACAAUGAGAAAAUAAACAGUUUGUUGUAUCAGUGUACACUCCACAGUGAUGUAGACCGUAUCACUGGCUCCAUGACUUAUGGCCAAGCAGUACAAGCUCUUGAAACUCUCCCGAAGCACCUUGGACAACAGGGAGAGAAAGCAGUGCCUCUGUACGCGUGGCUCUAUCCUCUGAGGAAUCUGGACACUUCAAUUCAGAUCACUCAAGGCUUUCUCUCCGAGGCCGAGGACGUGGUGGAGCAUCUGAGGCAGGUCACCAUGAGAUGCCAGAACACGAUGACAUUAUUACACGUCAACGAUGACGUGAUGAAAUGGUUCCCCAGUGUGAAGGAAGAAUGUGCAGAAUUUUCUGAGCUGCUGCAGACGUACCAGUCCGAGUUUAAGAGAGGGCUGGCUAUGGCAGUAAAGACCGUGAGAGAGAGUGAAGAGAUGGAUGAAAAGAGCCUGAGAGACAUUCUCCAGAACCAUGACCAAUCACCAUUCUGUUCUCAGCACACACAUCAGUGGCUUAACAACAAAGAGGUGGAGAUAAAGGCUCUGCUUAUCUGCAAAGAAAAAAACAUCCACAUUGUAAAGAAGGUCCAGCAGAAAGCGAACCACAUCCCCAUAAGGCGGGAGGUCCAGCAGAAAGCGAACAACAUCCCCAUGGGGAGGGAGGUCCAGGAGAAAGCAAACCACAUCCCCAUGGGGAGGGAGGUCCAGGAGAAAGCGAACCACAUCCCCAUAAGGCGGGAGGUCCAGCAGAAAGCGAACAACAUCCCCACAUGGAGGGCGAUCCAGCAGAAAGCAAACCACAUCCCCAUGGGGAGGGAGGUCCAGGAGAAAGCAAACCACAUCCCCAUGGGGAGGGAGGUCCAGGAGAAAGCGAACAACAUCCCCACAUGGAGGGAGAUCCAGCAGAAAGCAAACCACAUCCCCAUGGGGAGGGAGGUCCAGCAGAAAGCGAACAACAUCCCCACAUGGAGGGAGAUCCAGCAGAAAGCAAACCACAUCCCCAUGGGGAGGGAGGUCCAGCAGAAAGCAAACCACAUCCCCACGGGGAAGAAGGUCCAGCAGAAAGCAAACCACAUCCCCAUGGGGAGGGAGGUCCAGCAGAAAGCAAACCACAUCCCCAUGGGGAGGGAGGUGCCGACCCCAAACAGGACGCUGUGCUUCACGCUCACCUCACUGGGGGGUGAAGAUCCAUACCUUUCCACCAUGAAGCAAUACAUACAUUCUGCACUAGAGACCACCACAAACCAAUCAGGGAUCACCAGACAGCAGCAGACACAGCAUGCCUUCAAGCCUCCAGAUUUAACUGAAAAAAUACAGUCUGACCUCCACUUGUUCACCACAUCCAAUGAAGACAGAAGAGAUGGAGAGAAAUUCAAUUUUCUUGUUGCAGUUAUACCAGAUGUCACCUUUCCUGGAUCCCGCAUUGGUCUGUAUCAAAAUGGUCGUCUUAUCGGCCGCAAUUUCAAGCUUGGAUCAAAGCCAAAUCCAGCCGAAGUAACAGAGAUAAAACAGACCAGCUUCAGUCUGAAAUUUCCUCAGUCAAAGGUCAUGAGUCCUGUGAAGUACAGAAUAGAGUAUACCGCAGAAAGUGAUGUUCAAUGGACUGUUGGAUACUUACCACCUGGUCCUGGAUCUGUGGGUCCUGACCAGUGUAACACUUGUAAGUUGCCCGGUUUGAAACCUGACACUAAAUACCAGGUUAGAUACAGUGCUGUGGAUAGCUCUAGUAUGAGUGACUUCAGCACGGUCACCAUGGUAAAGACAAACCCAAGGUCCACACCUGGACAGCCCUGUGUGAAACUGGUGGACGGAGAAGACGUCAGAGUCACAUGGCGGAUGGCGGAAGAGGAAGAUGGCGGUCCCGUGCUACGUUAUGCCGUGGAGUUCAAAGAGGCAGGGCUUGAAGGCUGGUCCCGUGUGUCAACAACGGGGCCUGAACGUACAUGCACUUUAUCUCAGACCUCCAGUACUUGCUACCGAGUCAGAGUCUCUGCAGUCUAUGGAGAGGGGGACACAAGUAAACCCAGCACAGAAACAGACAUCCCUGUAAAAGUCUGGUCCAUAGACCUCUCACAAAGGAAAGCCUCCUUCCUCCUAGAAGUGCUGAAACUCCAACCAGAGAAGAAACCAGUAGAGCUGAAGGGUUGGUCAGAUGACGAGAGUGAAGUGAGGAGUUUCCUUCAGUGUCUGCCCUACAUCUCACAGCUGAGGUUUGUGAACAACAACAACAACGCAGGCGUUAUCCAGUUUGUGCUCAAUCUGAGUGUCGCAGCAGCAGACCACGAUGCAAGGACAGGAUGGAAUUGGUCGGAGUUCCUAUCCCUGGUAUGGAGCUACAGCUCCUUCCCAUUCAAUGAAGAUGUUCAUCCUUCAGAUCAAUGUCACUUCCUUCUGGAUCUUUACUCGUGUGCAACGGCAUCUGGGAUUAGAAAGGGCAGGAGUCUCGUUCCAUUACUUCGGCCAGUUUACCAGUCAGCUCCAGCAGUCUGGUACGUGAAUCUGGCUAGAAGAAAGGCCUCCGUCUUCCUCGAAGUUCUGAAACUCCAACCAGUGAAAAGGCCAAUGCAGGUGAAAUGUUGGUCAGAUAAAGAAAGUGAAGUGAGGAGUUUCCUUCAGUGUCUGGCCUACGUCUCACAGCUGAGUUUUAACGACAACGAUCUCGUGUACUUCCUACGGAAAAAUAGAGAGCAGGCCGAGCAGUUUGCCGCUCUCUUCCAAGCUCAUGGUUUUACCCUGUCAUUGGGAGGAGAGUUACCCAGGCAAACCUGCACUUCUGUGGGGAGAAUCUUGGCCCUCUGUACCUCAGGAGUGAAACUCGGUCUCACACCCAGCAAGAUUUCUCUCAGAGGAGCUUCGAUUCUCUUCAGACAUCCGUUGAUGCUACACAACCUCAUACUAAAUGAGACCAUGACCGUGAAACUGACCAGACUGCUUGCGACUGGUAGAGUCAGUGCUCCAAUGGGGGUUGAGGAGAUUUCACUGGUUAUUGAGAACUCACAACUAUCGGAGGACGUACUUUCUAGGGUCCUGAGUAGUGUGGCGUCCCUGCUGAGAGUCUGGACUGUGCAGCGUCUGGACCUGACGAAGUGUACUAUCCACGGUCACUGUCUCAUCCUGUUGCUGGGUCACCGGGGACCUCUGAAACUCAAACUGUGUCCAGACACUCUUCAGCAGCUGGCUGUAGUUGUGCAUGAAGCUCGGGACAAGGAUCUGACUCAUUCAUUCUUAAAGAAAGUUGGUGGAGACCUGACCUCCUGCAGGCUGGACUGGGAAGUGCUUCUUUCUCUGCUGCAGUAUUCAAACCAACACAUCACUGUGAAUCUCAGAGAGAACAGGCUUUCAGAGAGAAACAUCACAGAUCUUCGUCCCUUUCUGGGCAGGAUUAUUUUAAAGAGUGUUGAGAGGAAUCUGCUGCUGCUGUUCCUCCACUGCUACUCUGCCUCAAAGAUCCAGCCAGGGGCAACAGCCCUGCUUGGGGCUCUGCAGCACAAACUGGACUUCUCCUCCUCUGUGGACCUGUCAACAAAGGACCAGGGGAAGCCUCUGUGUCUGAGCUCUGCUGACUGCAAGGUCAUCGCCAGAGUCCUGAAGCAGAGCCGUUACGUCACAGAGCUGAUCCUACGCGAUUGUGAGAUUUCAGACAGAGCACUCAGGAAGCUGCUGCUGAAAAUCCCACGCAGAGUUAAUCUCAGCCCCAGUAAAGCCAUAUUGGUUCAACUUGUACAAACUUGUAACAAGAAAAAUGCAGUGCAUCAUGCAGGAUCCCUGGUCAGAGCCCUGGGCGGGGAGAUGGACCUCAGUGAGACCAUGCUGGAUCAGAAGGCCUGUAGUUCUCUGGCCCUGGUUCUGGAGUAUUCAAAGGGGCUAUCAGAACUGGACCUCAGCCGCUGCCAACUCACAGACCACCACCUACAGCCUCUGCUCGCACACCUGCACAAAGUCCAAGUCCUGGAUCUAAGUCAUAAUGCAAUUUCCAACUGUUUGAGUAAGAAAAUACUGAAAGCUGUCUCCACCAGCAAAGGCCACACAGUUUGGCUCACAAACAACAGGAUGACAGCCAAACCAUGUUCCUGUCGGCAUCGUUAAGAUGACAGAAUCUUUCUCCAUGUAAUCUUGCACACACACGUCUUUGGGGAAAAUUGUCAUUCAUACCAAUAUUCAUAAAAUGUUGGAGGGCAUUUUCAUUAUUGAGAGCUAUGUAAAGAGACUUUCCCGAAAGAUUUGCCUACUUUUUAGUGAGUUGUUCUGAAAGUAGCGCCCAGGAGACAAAAUGGGUCCCCAAAAAUGUAUACUAUGUCAUAUACUAUGUUAGAACAACUACUCAUUCAAGGUUUUAUUUAUUUUUACUAUUUCCUACAUUGUAGAAUAAUAGUGAAGACAUCAAAACUAUGAAAUGGCACAUAUGGAAUCAUGUAGUAACCAAAAAAGUG